AUGGCUGAAAUGGGAAGUGCACUCCCUACAUCUGGUGGCCUUUAUUGGUGGACUUACAAAUUUGCUCCCGAGGUAGCAAAAAGACCCCUCUGUUUCUUGGCCGGAUACGCCAAUACUUUGGGUUUGGUUGGUGGUCUUGUGUCGAUUGAUUAUGGAUUCGCAUCCAUGGUAUUAUCUGUCCCUGCUAUUGCUGAUCCCAGCUUUGCUCCCAAUAAAUAUCAAACCUAUGGUGUGUUCGCUGCGUGUAUUUUGUCUCAUAUUGUGAUAGGAUCCAUUGCUACUAGAGUCAUGUCGAGAUUACAAACUUUUUGUAUCGUCAUUAAUAUGUUGGUCAUUGUUAUCACAGUAAUUGCUGUUCCUAUUGGUGCUAAGAAUCAUGACGCUCUUCAGUCUGGUCACCAUGUGUUUACUGAUACCACUAACUUGACCGACUGGCCAUAUGCGUGGACUUGGUUUUUGUCUUGGAUGUCUGCUAUUUGGACCAUUGGUGCUUUCGACAGUUGCGUCCAUCUUUCAGAGGAGGCUACCAAUGCUGCUACUGCUGUGCCUUUUGGUAUUAUUCUCUCAAUCUCCAUGUGUGGUGUUUUGGGUUUCGCUAUUUUGGCCGUCCUCUUCGCCAGUAUUAAGGAUGUUCAGGCCGUCCUUGCUACCACCACUGGCCAGCCAAUGGCUCAGAUUUACCUUGACACUCUAGGAAAGAAGUGGACUAUCGCCAUGAUGGUCUUGUUGUUUAUUGUUCAGUGGUUCAUGGGUCUUUCUAUUAUCGUUGCUGCCAGUCGUCAAACUUGGGCUUUCAGUCGUGAUGGAGCCUUGCCACUUUCCAAGUACAUUCGUGAACUCAACCACAAACUCCAGGUACCUGUUAGAGCUGUAAUUUUUGAUGGUAUUCUUGGUUUAAUCCUUGGUCUUUUGGUAUUAAUUGACGGUGCUGCUGCCCAGGCCCUCUUUUCACUUGGUCCUGCUUCGAAUGGUUUGGCCUGGGGACUCCCUAUCUUCUGUCGACACGUUUGGUUUGAAAAGGACGCUUUUGUUCCUGGUCCAUUCUACUUGGGUCACUUCUGGUCUAGAGUAAAUGGACUCUUUGCCAGUGUCUAUUUGAUCUUCGUCGUUUUUGUCUUAUCAAUGUUCCCUGCUGGUGGUCCAGAUCCCACUGCUUCAGUUAUGAACUAUACAUGUGUUAUCAACGGAUUCGUGUGGGGAGGCUGUCUAGUGUAUUACUUUGUUUCCGCCAGAAACUGGUUUGAGGGACCCAAGCAGACCCUUAAAGCCGAAGAGAUCGAAGGAGUGGAUCUUAUUGCAACACAUUCUACUGCUCAUCCUGUUCACUCUGUUCGCCCUCUUAAAACUUAA